GGACCACUAGUGAGCAGUCGAAACUGUCAGUGUGGAUUUUGCCCUGCUCGCUGCUCGGACCAUACACUUGGAUUUGGACAUAGCAGAUUAUCAGCAUGGACAGACACAGGAAGUGGACAUGUGGCCUUGGGACAUUUCUUCUCUUAGUUUUACAACAUCUCACAUUAGCGCUGGAAGUGCCUCUAGAUCUGCCCCAGCCCCCCACUAUAACGCUACAGUCUCCUAAAGAUUACAUUUUCGAUCCACGGGAGAACAUCGUGAUCCAUUGUGAGGCCAAGGGGAAGCCACAUCCCAGCUUCUCGUGGACAAGAAAUGGCACCCACUUUGACAUAGAGAAGGACCCCAAGGUCACUAUGAAGCCCAACUCUGGGACGCUGGUGAUAGACAUCAGUGGGGAGAAAGCAGAGGCCUAUGAGGGGACAUACCAGUGUACCGCCCACAAUGACCAUGGCACCGCUGUGUCCAACAACAUCGUCAUCCGCCAGUCCAGGUCCCCCUUGUGGUCAAAGGAGAAAGAUAAGAAAAUCGUGGUGCAGCUCGGGAUCUCCCUGGUGCUGCAGUGUAGGCCACCGGCAGGACUCCCCCCUCCCAUCAUAAUGUGGAUGGACAACAAUUUCCAAAGAUUACCUCUGAAUCCGCGAGUGUCCCAGGCCUUAAACGGAGAUCUGUACUUUUCCAAUGUUCUUCUGAGUGACACCAGGACGGACUACAUCUGCUACGCACGCUUCCCCCACACCCAGACCAUUCAGCAGAAACAGCCCAUCUCUGUCACUGUACUUGAGCAUAACCCAAUAGGAGAGCGCAAACCUGGUUUUAUGAUGCCUCUUGGACCCAUCAGCAACAAGAUGGUCCUCAAAGGAGAGACGCUUGAGCUGGAGUGCAUCGCCGAGGGGCUGCCAACUCCAAGCAUCUUGUGGCAGAAGGAUGGAGGAAAGUUGUCCAAAACAGUCUCUUUCCAGAACUUCAAUAAAACUCUGAAGAUUUCUGAUGUGAGUGAAGCUGAUGCAGGAAACUACCGCUGUAUAGCCAAUAACAGCCAUGGCUCUGCGUACCACAUCAUCAAAGUCACUGUGAAAGCUGCCCCUUAUUGGAUCAGCGCUCCCCGGAAUCUCAUCCUUGCUCCAAAUGAGACUGGAAUUUUGACCUGCCGUGUAAGCGGAGACCCCAAACCAAACAUCACCUGGUUCGUCAAUGGAGUCCCUUUACAAAAUGCACCAGAUGAUAGCAGUCGAAAGAUUGAAGAUGAUACUGUGAUUCUGAGCAACGUCCAAACGGGGUCCAGCGCUGUUUAUCAGUGUAAUGCCUCUAAUGAGUUUGGAUACGUCCUGGCCAACGCUUUUGUCAAUGUACUCGCUGAGCCUCCAAGAGUACUGACUCCACCAAACAGAAUCUACCAGGUCAUCACUAACAGCCAUGCACUGCUGGACUGUGCCUCUUUUGGCUCACCUAUUCCCACUAUCACAUGGUUUAAAGACAAUCACAUCAGCAUCAAGACGGGUGACUCUCAUGUGAUUCAUGAAAAUGGUACAUUGGAAAUCCAUGUAGCACAGCCAGUGAACAGUGGAAAGUACACCUGCAUCGCCACCAACAACCUGGGCAUCAAGGAGAACCAUGUUUUUCUGGAGGUCAAAGUGCCCACCCGUAUUCUGAAACAGCCGGAAUACAAGGUGGUCCAAAGGGGAAUGAAGGCAGUUUUUGAAUGUAAAGUGACGUACGACCCUUCGCUCAGUCCCAUCAUGACAUGGCUCAAAGACAACACAGCACUUCGUGAGGACAACAGGUUUGUGGUGGGAACUGACAGUCUAACCAUCAAAGAUAUAAUCGAUGAAGACGAGGGCACCUACACCUGCUACAUGAACACCACCCUGGACCAUGACUCAGCCAGCGCCAUGCUCACUGUCGUAGAGAGACCGGAUCCGCCGACCGACUUGGAGAUGACGGGACAGAAGGAGAGGAGUGUGGAGCUCACAUGGACCCCGGGGGACGAGCACAACAGCCCCACUCAGAAGUUUAUCAUCCAGUAUGAGGACCACCUUCACCAGCCUGGGGUGUGGGUGAACCUGACGGAGGUGCCUGGGACUAGCCCCACAGCUCAGUUAAACCUGUCCCCAUACGUGUACUAUUCCUUCAGGGUCCUGGCUCUGAAUGGGGUGGGCUACAGUGACCCCAGCCAACCAUCUCGCCAGUACAGGACCAACCCAGCAGCUCCUGAUGUGAAUCCAGCAAAUGUUCAAGGCGAAGGAACUGAACCGGGGAACUUGGUCAUCUCUUGGACUCCUCUGACAGGUUUCCAGUCCAACGGCCCUGGUCUGGAGUACAACUUGCAGUGGAGACAGAAGGGUGUGGAGGAGGAGUGGUCCACUAAAACUGUAGCAAAUGUCUCUCAGUUUGUCGUGACUGGGACCCCCACCUUUGUACCCUACGAGAUCAAAGUUCAGGCUGUCAAUGACUAUGGUCCUGGUCCAGACCCUGAUGUGGUGACUGGAUACUCUGGAGAAGAUGUACCGUUGACUGCCCCUGACAAUGUAAAGGUCACGAUCCAUAACAGCACUUUAGCAGAGGUGCAGUGGGAGCCUGUGUCUAUGCCUUCAGUUCGGGGUAAACUCCAGGGAUAUAAGGUGUAUUUCCGUCGAGAGCGCGGCCUUCUUGAGUCAGAGGAGGAGCCUGAGUCGGAGCAGGAACAGUUUCUGAUGUUCAGCGGAAACAGGAGUGAGGGGCGCCUGCCGGGACUCCAGCCCUUCAGCCAGUACCACCUCUACAUCAAAGUCCUCAACAGCAAAGGAGAGGGUCCGGCCAGCUCCAGCGAGACCUUUGGGACCCCGGAGGGAGUCCCAGGACGUCCUUCCUUUUUGAAUGUGGUCAAUCCCGGUUUGGACUCUCUGACUCUGGAGUGGGGACCCCCUCAGCGCCACAACGGCCGACUACUGGGAUACACACUCAAAUACCAACCAGUUAACAGCACCAGUGAACUAGGGCCCAUCAAAGUUAUGACCCUCCUUCCCAACGAGACCACCGUCAUUUUGAGUAGCCUAAACUCCAGCAUGCUCUACAAGUUUUACCUGAGUGCCAAGACUGUUAUAGGAUCAGGACCAGACAUUUCAGAGGAGGCCUUCACAGUUAUGGACACAACUCGUACUAAGACCCCUGUAGUAACGGUUAAAGGCCCCACAGUGCCCCCUCAACCCCCAACCUCCCCCAUCACACAAGCUCCGCCUCCCACGUCGCAUAAGGCGCCCCCUCUUGGUCCAACCUUUGGCACUGUUAACACAUCUGUCUCUGAAGAGGGCGCCGUGAUCAGUUGGGAAUACUUUGGACACCACAAAAAUGUUUAUGUGGAAUACAUUAUAGAAAAUAGUAAAGAUGACUGGAAAAAGGAGUUGGUAAAUGGUUCUCACUCACAUAUGCUAAAAGGGUUAAAGCCAGGAUCGACCUAUAGGGUGCGUGUGGUAGCUCGGGACCCCUCGGUAUCCACGGCCCACUUCACUGAAGAGGUGGAGGUGGCGGUGCCAGCGGUGGCCAGUCGGCAGGUGGAUAUAGCCACACAGGGCUGGUUCAUUGGACUCAUGUGUGCUAUAGCCCUCCUCAUCCUGGUGCUCCUCAUCGUCUGCUUCAUCAAGAGGAACAAAGGAGGAAAAUAUCCAGUAAAAGAGAAAGAAGAUGCACACCAAGACCCAGAGAUUCAGCCCAUGAAGGAGGACGACGGCACAUUUGGAGAAUACAGUGAUACCGAGGACCACAAGCCCCUGAAGGGAAGCCGCACCCCCUCAAACGGUACAGUGAGGCGCGAUGAGAGCGAUGACAGCCUGGUGGACUACGGAGAGGGCGGGGAUGGACAAUUUAACGAAGACGGAUCUUUCAUUGGUCAGUACAGCGGCAAGAAGGAGAAAGACACGCACGAAGGCAACGAGAGCUCGGAGGCGCCAUCUCCUGUCAACGCCAUGAACUCCUUUGUCUAACGAAAGGGGCGGGGCCUGGCUGUGAUGUCAUCUGUCUUGGCCACUCCCCCCCACUUUGUUGUUGAAUUGUUGACCGUGAUGGUUUAAAUCAAUACACGGGACUACUGGUACAUGCUCACAUCUUCACGCCCGUCACCCCACCCCGUCCCACUGUGACUCCAUCGAAAAACCACGCAAACGCCACACAUCCCAAAUAAGGAAGAAAGAACGGGCUGUCCCGAGUGGAACUAAAGAGGAAGCAAUAUAAAAGGAGCAAGAAUGUAACAAAAAGUUUAUGGCCAAGUGUCUCUGUGCCAUUGAAUUUUUUGAAUAGGAGCAUAUGCAGCACUGGAAAAAUAAGAAAUCACUCUUGACUGGAAGAUCGCCUACUAUAAGGUGAAGGUGAAAGUGUCUUGCCUCAGGUUACAAAAGGAAUAUAUUUUGGUGAUGUGUGGGAAAUGAACCAUCAAGCUUUUGGUCACUGGGCAACCAAUUUCUCCUUAUUUCCAUACAACAAUUUGUCAUUUAAAAUUAUUACAUGGCUUAGUUAAAGUGCGUAUGACAGGUUUUCAUGUUUUUGUGAUUAUAGCUUCAUUUGGUGGGAUGGUACCUGUGUUAGGGCGGUAUGUCAAACUUUUACUCAGUCCAGUCUCAGUUUGAGGUUGAAAACAAAGUUGAAAUUUAUCAGAUGUAGUGCUACAUACUUUAUUAUCAAGACACAAAGUUCCAUCCUAGACGCAGGGACCAUUUUUUCACAUAAAGAACACACAUUUUCCUGUGUAUUAUUAAUUUAGGAAACUACAAAUUGCACGAGCUUUGCCCCUUGUUUACGGUACAGUUGCUAGGUAACUGUUGGAAUUACCUCAUAUGUUAUCGGCCACUCAUGUCCAAUCAGGAAGUACAAUUUUAAACUUCAACAAAAUAGAAAGAUAUUAACUUGGUAAGAUUGCUUGAAGAAGCAAAAUUUUAAAUAUAAGUAAUACAAGGUUUUGCUGAAAUGUGUAGUCUAACUUUAGCCUGAUUCAUCUGCUGAUUUCACUUUGUGAAAACUGUCUGGCCUCGCAGCAUUAGGAUUCGUUUGCUCGAUGGUAGGUGGGUACUUUUUUAUUUUUAUUUAACCAAUCGCUGCUAUUUGGUCGUGACAUAUGAAAUGCACC